AUGCAAAAGUGCACAAGUUUCCUGUUGGUAUCCUUAAUACUGUGUGCCACUAUCUCACAGACAUUUGGAGUAGUUUUAACGGAAAAAGAGAAACGUGGCUGGACAUUGAAUAGUGCUGGUUAUCUCCUAGGACCACAUGCUGUAGAUAAUCAUAGAUCUUUUAAUGACAAACAUGGAUUUGCUGGGAAACGUGCGCUACAACAAGAAGAGGAUGUAAAAUCAGGAAACUUUUUUAGAACCAUAUCUGACGACCACAUACUGCGUACACUGAUUGAAUUUUUAACUUAUUUACACCUGAAAGAGUCUGGUGCACUUGACAAUUUAACCCCCCUGAUGUCCUCAGAAGAAACAAACCAGCUGUGA